AUGGCACAAAAAAUCUGGUUCUUUCCACCAAGCUUCAACUUUCUUCCUGAUGGAGAGGUUUCAUUAGGCUCGAUUAUUCCUCAUCCAAGCAGGCCUACCCUCUCACUCGCCUCGCUCGACUCAGAAUCUCACCCAGAAAUUGCCCUCCCCAAGAUCAAUACUUUCACGGAAUCUGACCACUUGCACUCCCAAAAUAAGAGCACGUCACUUACCACACAAACGUUCCUCAAACUCGUGAGUCUAGCCUUGCAGGUCGGAAAUGUGCAUGCAUCUCGCUUCACCAAAACGACAUAUGGCAGUAUAGAUCUCGAAACGAGAGCAUUUGGUAGUGGCAUGAGCGAGGAUACAUUGAAAGCGAUCGUGGGGUUGGCUCGGGUAAAGAAGCAUAUAGACGGCGGCAUGUUUGGCAAGCGGCCCGUCUAUAUCAUUUCGGGAUUGCGAAUUGCCAAAGACUCCUUUCAAGUGACUAGCGAAAGCGGAUCGACAAAUUCAACAUCGGCGGGAGUCUCUACGUCUACAGUGACGGGUCCUCCUCCUGUUACUGGGGGAGGUAAUGUCACCUCCAACAGAGAGCAAGGCAAGAACGACAGUUAUAAAUCUGCUCCUGGAGUCGUGUUUGCGUACAGGUUGCAUGUAAUUCGAGUUAAAGGGGACGGUGAUAUUGAAGCUGAGCUGUUUUCUCACAGAACGGCUUUUCUUACAGGUGAAGGUGAAGAUGAGGACUCCGAAGAGGAAUGGGAGUAUGGAGAGGUGUCUAAAAAUGUGUUGCUUGAGGACUUGGAAAUUGAUCCAGAUUUUAAUGAAUAUUCGAUGGGAGAAGAAGGGCAGGAAUCCUGUAUUGCAUUCAAGCAUUUUUAA